GCGCCAAAACGGCAACCAUAAAGCUCCGGGCAAGGCACCAAAGUCCGGCGCAACGAACGGCAAUUCGAUGGAGUCCUCGAAGAAGAACCUCUGCGAGAUCCACCGCGGCGACGGACGCCGCAGGCGCGCCCUCGCCGCCUCCCUCCUCGCCACCGCGGUCUUCGCGGCCAUCAUCGCGCUCGCGCUCUUCCUCGUCUACCGCCCCAUGAAGCCGCAGGCCACCGUGGCGCGCGCCGGCGUGUACCGCCUCGUGAGCGCCGCGGCCGCCAACGGCACCAACAACUCGGCGGCGACGCCCUACGCGCUCUCCGCCACCGUGCAGUUCACGCUGCUGCUGCACAACCCCAGCGACCGCACCGCCGUGGUCUACGACCGGCUGCUCGCCUACGUGACGUACCGCGGCGAGAUGGUGGCCCCGCCGGCGCAGCUCCCGCUGGUGCUCCAGGACCCCGGCGCCGACGUGGCGAUGUCGCCGCUGCUGGGAGGAGGCGACGGGGGCGCCCCCGUGCCGGUGUCGGCGGACGCGGUGGACGCGCUGCACGCGGACUGCGUGGCGGGGCGCGUGCAGCUCCGGCUCGUCGUCAUGGGCCGGGUCAGGUACAGGUCCGGGCCCUUCAAGAGCGCGUGGCGCGACCUGUACGUGCGGUGCGACGCCAUCCUCGGCCUGACCGCGCAGGCAGCCGCCGGAGGCGGCGGCGCCGGGGACGUGCCGCUGCUCGAGUACCCGAAGUGCGCCGUGGACGCCUGAGUUUGUUUCGCGCCAGAUCUGGCAAGUUUGGGUGGGCAAUAACAGAAUAAUGAGCUGAGGAACAAAGCAUAAUGUUUCU